CCCCGCCGCGGCCCCGAGCCCGGUCCGGUGCCCACGGGCGGCGCCGGGGCCGCGGGUCCGUGUCGGUGCGUGCGUGUGCGCUGCCCGCCCGCCGCGGGGGGGGAAAGGGGGGAGCCCGGCCUCCUUCCUCAUUUUGGGGCUGAGAACAGCGAUUUCCUUCGCCAGCUGCAGUUCUGCGCUUUUUGCUCCUUUAUUUUUUUUAUUUUUUUUUUUUUAAUUUGUGUUAUUUAUCAAACCCAGCCGCCGAGCCGGGCGCGGGGCCGCGCUGUGAAGCCGCGGGCUCCGCUCCCCGCACCGAUGGAGCCGCAUCCCCGGGAUCCCGGCCGCACCGCCUGGGCACUGCCCUGCCUGCUGCUGCUCGCCCUGCCCGGUGUGGGUGCCCAGGCGGGUCAGCCCUUCAAACUGCACCAGCCCCAGACCAAGGAAUCGGUGUUAGCGGGGGAGACACUUACCCUGAACUGCACCUUAUCUGGAGCUGCUUUCCCUGGUGCUGUGAGGUGGCUGAAGGGCUGGGACAGUGGGAACAAGACCAUCUAUGACCAGAGAGAAGAGCCCCCGCCCCGUGUGAUGAGAGCAGUGGCUGAGUCCAACACAGACUUCACCAUCCUCAUCAGGGACGUUCAGCCUGAGGACAUGGGCACCUAUUACUGUGUGAAAUACCGCAAGAAUAACCUUGGUGUGGAUGAGGUGUUUCAGCGUGGAAGUGGCACAGAGGUGUCUGUGCAAGCCAAACCCAGCUCCCCACUCGUGUCCGGGCCGGAGCAGAGAGCGAGGCCGGGGCAGUCGGUGCCUUUCACCUGCACGACCAGAGGGUUCUUUCCUGAAAAAAUUGGGGUGAAGUGGUUCAAGGACAAGUACACUGAGCUGGCGGCUCAGACACCCCAGRUCACYGAAUGGCGGGCGAAAUCCUACAGCAUGACCAGCACAGUCAUGGUGACCCUGCAGAAGACAGAUGUCCGCUCAGAGCUCAKGUGUGAGGUGCGGCACUCCACGCUGUCGGUCCCGCUGCGUGGGAAUUAUCAGCUCAACAGAGUCCUGCGAGUUCCCCCCAGUGUGGAAGUGCGCGCUGACCUGAGCCCUGUUGAUGUGAAUGAGACCGUGACCUUCACCUGCCACGUGAAGGAGUUUUACCCAGCAAACGUGGCUGUUUCCUGGCUGGAGAAUGGGAAGGAGAUAAAGGUGGAGAACGUCUCCCGGCCRUCAGAGYUCUCCCGGGGCUUGUUYGAGCUCAGAAGCCAGGUGGAGGUGCAAGCGACGGAGGAGARAAACGGGUCCUUGGUCACCUGCCGGGUGGUGCACGAUGGUCAGGCCCCUGUCAACGACUCAGCCAUCCUGUGGAUCUCCAACCCGGCCCAAGGGGAACUGAGCAAGGGCUUCCAGAUGGACAAGGACAAUUUGCUCAUCUACAUCGUGGUGGCUGUGGUGUGCACCGUGCUGGCCCUGCUGGUGGCUGCGAUUCUGUACCUCAUCCGGACGAAACAGAUCAAGGGUAAAAGCUCGCCAUCUGCCAGGUUACAUGAACCAGAGAAAAGCAGUGAGGCCACGACCCAGGAAUCYGACCCCAACAACCUGACCUACGCGGACCUGAACUUCGACAAGGAGAGGAAGACCAUCCGCCGGAUGGUGGAGAUGAGCCAGCAGUCGGAGUAUGCCUGCAUCCAGACCAACCAGGCGCCCAACAGCGACGACAACCUCACCUACGCYGACCUGGACAUGGUGCACCUCAGCAAGGCGCCCAAGCGGCCGGCCCCRCGCCCCGAGGAGGCUGGCUCUGAGUACGCCAGCGUCCAGAUCCCCAGGAAGUGAGCGGUGGCUGCUGGGACCCCCUGUCCUGCGGGGAGCAGCUCUGCUUCUCCCCARGACUUCUCUUGGAAGCUCUGGAGCAAUGUGAAGAUGCGGUACCUUUGUUUUAGGGUGGAAAUGGAGCCCACAAUACUUGUGGGGGUCUUCUCCCAUACAGAGAGACAUGAUUUUGGGGGGCAGUUCAGUCCUGGGGCUACCAGCUCCGUCCUUUCGGGACCCCCCAUGGGGGGUUCUCAACCUCAGUGUGCCGGGUUUGCCCACGAGSAGAUUCAGCCAGCAGAGCAGCAGCUCUGUAGGAAGCUGUGGCUGGGCUGAGGGGACAGGUACAGUGCCUCCACACCAGCUCUCACGGGGAUGCCACUGCCUGGCCCAYGCCUCCCAGGACCAGCAGGGCCCCCACACUGCCUUCUGGGGCUCUGCCACCGCGCCUGGACACCAAACUCUGGCUUUAAAGGAAGGACCGAUGUGUCCGCCUCUCUUCCCAAGUGUCCCUUCUGCGGGACCUCCGUCUCGCCCCGUGGCCAAGAGGCUGGAAGGCCAAYGAGCCCAGGCCCCCAUCCUGCCGUCCAGGGGGGCUCCAGGUCUGGCUCCCCAGCACUGAGCAUCCUCCUCAUCAUCAUCGUCCUGUGCACAGCCUUGCCCUGCACUGGGACCCACCAGCGCUGCCCCAGGCUUGUACAAAGCGUCCGAGGGCCCCCCCAGCCUUGCUGAGGGGCCCCCCCAGCCUGGCUCCCSCCGGGAGCUCCCCGCAGGUACCGUGUAACAUGUUUUGACUGUUUGACAUGUAACUGUUAAUUUUUAGAGCUGAAACCCCCAAUGUUUUGUGUUGUACGURGGUGUACUGCUGUGUACUUAACACUAGAAUAAGAUGUGCAAAAUUAAGACCGAGGCCUCAGUAAAGAAACCCCCCCCAAACCCUACAGAGUUUAUGAGAGACUUCUAUGGCCUUCUACAGCUCUGUCUUGGGGGCCAGGCAGGCUCCCCUCAGCCCACCCAUGGGGACAAAUGUCUUCCAUGUGCCCACUACCUGGGCCACCAUGUGGGGUCUCACCGUGUUGGCUCCUGCAGUAGUGGAAAUGUGGGGGACUGGGGGGACCUGGGGUCCUUGGGGGUGCUUUAAGAGCAAUGUGACUGCUUGUACAGACUUCUUUGGGGUUGUUUUUGUUUGUUGUUUUUUUUUUUUUCUUUUUGCUUGCA